AUGGUGACAGGGUUUCUGAAGCUCAUACGUACUUUACUAGAACCAAUUCCUCAGUAUGUAGUUGGUUGUCUACUAGCUAUCACUAUUGUAGGUGCAUCACCGUCAAAUAAGUUGAGGUAUAAGUUAAUAUGGUUAUUUCGAUGUCUCAGUUGCCCAUUUAUAGGAGUAUUUGCAGCCAUUAACAUAGGAGGUGAUGAAUUAUCACGAUGUAUAUUCUGGCUUCUACCUAAAUAUUUUGUAAUAAAAGGAACAUCAACUUCACCAGAAUAUAGACCUGUUGGAUUUUAUACUAUGAAAGUGAGUGAAAAUCAAGAUAAAGCAUUUAGGAAAAAAAUAGAAUUGUGCACAGCAAAAGCAUUGGUUAUAGAAAGAUUUUCCACAUUAGUAUCAGUAUAUUAUAUAAUAGUUGGUAUAAUAGCAGGAGUUUCCAGGGUUUUAGAAACAGUUUUGUGUCAGGAUUGGCCAUACAUAUCAAUAUUAUUAUCCUGGACAAUUUCAGCUCUCUGUAGAAGAGCAUUUUCGAAAAACCUAGUAGUUAAAGACUCUAAGAAGAUAUUUAAAAGCAGUGACAGUGACAUUGAUAUUGAAA